AUUCAACAGAUAUGAAAUCGAUCACAUAGUCGCUUCAUGUAUUCAUUUGCUGUUUAUUGUCAGGCUUGUACUUAAGUUUCUCAACCACGCUGUGCGUUGUCUGCGAGGGGACUUGGACCUGGAUCAUACCUGUUAAGAUGACAUGACUCUAAUAUGGGGAUCAAAUAUGUUUUAUUUAUUUGUGGCCCUGCUACAUGCAUAUGAAACAAAUGGUCUUUGCAAGAGGUGACCCUGACUUUGACGUCAUCUGGAGUCUGCUGCAGUUAAAUCCCUGUUACUUAUCACUUUUAAAGAUUCAGGAGAUGGCAUGUGACUUUGUCAUGACAGCCAUUUAAUAUGCUGACUUCACCAGCAGAGCAUUGUUUUGGCUGCAGACUGACGUUUCCCGCUCACGGCCCUGCAUCAGACAAUUUGGUGCCACCAAUAUUUGGUCCGCAGUCUGCGUCACACACAGUGAAGAAUUCAGACAAGAGUUGACUACAGACUCAUCCAUCAUGAGGUGAAGCGGUUACUUAAUAAACCAUCACUCAAAGACAAAAGACUCAGAUGUUGCUGCCAUGUGCCACACUCACACCCGAAGCAGGCGAAAAACUCAGCUCAUCGAAGACCUCUUGUCAAUUUUCUUCCCUCUAAUCGAGGAAACUUUCAGUGACUCUUCUCCAAGACUCCACCACCACAGUGUGUCCACCCAGACCCUGCCUUCAUCCAACAGCACCUUCCUCAUCCUCUCACAGGACUGGCUGUACUGUCAGUAAGGUUCAUUCACAAAUGUCUACCUCACGAUUAAAAGACCCCUCUCCAACACUGCGACCCUGAACAGGAUACAAAAUGACCUCGAGCAUUGACCGGGAUGACAGCAGUAUCUUUGAUGGGUUAAUGGAAGAAGAUGAAAAGGACAAAGCAAAACGUGUGUCCCGUAACAAGUCUGAGAAGAAACGCAGAGACCAGUUCAAUGUCCUUAUCAAGGAGCUGGGUACCAUGUUGCCGGGCAACACCCGGAAGAUGGACAAGUCCACUAUUUUGCAGAAGAGCAUCGACUUUCUUCACAAACAUAAGGAAAUCGCUGCUCAGUCAGAGUCAACUGAAAUCAGACAAGACUGGAAGCCUCCUUUUCUUAGUAAUGAAGAGUUCACUCAGCUGAUGUUGGAGGCGUUGGAUGGAUUUUUCCUUGCGAUUAUGACUGAUGGGAAUAUAAUCUACGCCUCUGAGAGUGUGACGUCCCUACUAGAACACUUACCUUCUGAUCUUGUGGAUCAGAACCUGUUGAACUUCCUGCCCAUGGGGGAGCAUUCAGAUGUGUACAAGGCUCUGUCCUCUCAUAUCAUGGAAGGAGAGACACUGACGCCCGAAUAUCUGAAAACAAAAAAUCAGCUAGAGUUCUGUUGCCACAUGCUUCGAGGCACGAUCGACCCCAAAGAGCCCCCUGUGUACGAAUAUGUCAAGUUCAUUGGAAACUUCAAGUCCCUGAAUAAUGUGCCUAACUGUACUCGCAAUGGUUUUGAAGGAGUUAUCCAGCGAUCGCUUCACUCUGCCUUUGAAGACAGAGUGUGUCUCAUAGCAACUGUGAGACUUGCCAAACCACAGUUUAUCAAGGAGAUGUGCACUGUAGAAGAGCCUAAUGAGGAAUUCACCUCCAGACAUAGUUUAGAGUGGAAAUUUCUCUUCUUGGACCACAGAGCUCCACCCAUCAUAGGUUACCUCCCGUUUGAGGUCCUGGGUACAUCAGGAUAUGACUACUACCAUGUAGAUGACUUGGAGACACUGGCCAAAUGCCAUGAACACUUAAUGCAGUAUGGCAAAGGAAAGUCCUGCUACUACAGAUUCCUCACCAAAGGGCAGCAGUGGAUUUGGCUUCAGACCCACUACUACAUCACCUACCACCAGUGGAACUCCAGACCAGAGUUUAUUGUCUGCACACACACUGUUGUAAGUUAUGCUGAAGUAAGAGCAGAACAGCGCAGAGAGCUUGGAAUUGAAGAAUCACAACCUGAGAUCACAGCAGACAAGCAGUCCCAGGAUUCAGGCUCCGAGUCCCAGCUCAACACUUCCAGCCUGAAGGAGGCUCUAGAGCGCUUCAACCGCAGCCGGACACCCUCGGCCUCGUCUCGCAGCUCACGCAAAUCCUCGCACACCGCCGUGUCUGAACCAGCGUCAUCACAGAUGAAGCUUCAGGGAGAUAGGAGUACACCAGGUCGGCAGUCCGUUUCUGCCGUGGAGAUGACAUCACAACGAAGAUCAUCUAUCAGCAGUCAGCAGUCGAUGAGCUCCCAAAACACAGGACAGAACAUGGCACCAUCCAUGGUUUCACAACAACAACAACAACAACAGCAGCAACAGCAGCCCCAACAGCAACAACAAGUUCAGACCAGCCAAUCAAUGGUGCAGUUCUGCAGUCAGCUAGAAGCCAUGCAAAAUCUGAAAGAGCAGCUGGAGCAGAGGACCAGGAUGAUUGAGACCAACAUUCAGCGGCAGCAGGAUGAGCUGCGGCAGAUCCAAGAUGAGCUGCAGAGAGUGCAGGGACAGAGCCUGCAGAUGUUCUUGCAGAAAGGAGCUGGAGGACUAAAUCUCAGCUCUGUUCAGAUGGCCCAGGGGAACGCUGUGCAGCAUGGGGGAACGCUCAGCAUGCAGGGUCAGGUGGUCUCUGCAGGGGCUCUACAGAACAGCAUACAGCAACAACAUGCUGUUCAGUCCCAUUCCCAGCAACAAACACUGCUACGGGAACAGAGCACAGCACUCUCACAGUCUCAGCGGUCGUCACUCACUCUGCAGCCUCAACAAAAUCCACUGUCUGCAUCUCUCUACAACACAAUGAUGAUCCCUCAGCAAAGCCCUUCUAACAUGGUCCAGAUUGCCACUAGCCUGGCUCAGAAUACUGGUCCCAACACUCCUGCUGUGGCUACAUUUGCUCAGGACCGUGCGGCUCAGAUUAGGUUUCCUGCUGGUCCUCAGCUGCUCACCAAGCUAGUGACAGGACAGAUGGCAUGUGGGGCAGUCAUGGUCCCCACAACCAUGUUUAUGGGCCAAGUGGUGACGGCCUUCGCUCCUCAGCAGGGCCAGACCCAGACCAUCAGCAUUUCCCAGCAGCCACCACAGCAACAGCAGCAGCAGCAGGAGCAGCAGGUACAGCAACAAUCACAGGUCACAGCCAUGCAGCCAGGGCAGGCUCCGCUGGCCCAGCAGCAAACACAGUUCCUACAGGCUCCUCGGCUUCUUCAUGGAAACCAGUCCACCCAGUUGAUUCUGCAGGCAGCGUUCCCUUUGCAGCAGCAGGGUACCUUCACUGCCACAACCCAACAACAGCAGCAACAGUUACAACAGCAGCAACAGUUACAACAGCAGCAACAGUUACAACAGCAGCAACAGUUACAACAGCAGCAACAGUUACAACAGCAACAGCAGUUACAACAACAGCAACAACAUCAGCAACAACAGCAGAAGCAGUUACAACAGCAGAAACAGCAACUGGCCUCUCACAGGGCAGAUAGUUUGUCAGAUCGCUCUGCUACGCAGCCACAGUAGCUGGCUAAAGCCAAUCAGAAGUGGAGUGAGCCAAACCCAGGUGUGGGUGUCUUUGGGAAGGGGGUCUAAAGAGGAGUUCUGCUCAAAGUGCAGCACUGAGACCAUGCCUCAGAGGCUGGGAAGUGAUUGGAUGGGCAGGCUGUGGCUUCCCUCCCCUCACAAGGAUCUUUUGCUGUUUGCACUUAACUCCUGAGCACCCAGUGCUGCAGAGAAACCAGGACUGGGCCCUCUGUGGCUCUGGCAGUAGGCUUUGGCUCCGGGUCGAAGCCUUUUCUCCAAAAAAACAGGGAGCCACAAUCCCUGUAAUGGACUCCCCCUCACACCCCUCCCUGGCCCUCUCCCUGUGUGUUUAUGUGUGUGUGUGUGUGUGUGUGUGUGUGUGUGUGUGCUCUAGUCACCCUCACAGGAUUAUUUUAUGCAGAGCUCUCCAGUUAAUGCAGCAAAGCUUCUAUCGAGCUUCAAGGACGUCCUGCAGAACAGCCAGAGGCUUGUUUGUUUUGGAUGUUUUCUCCUAUUCUUGUUUUUCAUGUAAAAAUAAUUAUGGGUCAGAAAAUAUUUUUAAGAAUGUGGGGUAGAUUGAACUUUUACUGUACAGAACAUCAUGUGUAAUAUAUUAUGUAAAUAUAAUGAAAAAGAAAGAACUAAUAUUUUAUAUGAUGCAUGAAAUGAAAUGAGUAGUCUGUUAUUUGCAGCUUUGAAUAUGCUUUUUUUCUAGUACUCUAAGAAAAAAAGAUCUUAAAAUGCUCAGUGGCUGAUAUUUUCACAGACUUCCUUUCUCCUAUGGGAUGUGUUUGUGUGUCUGCCUAGCAGACAAUGCCGAUGCUGCUUGUUGUGUCACAGUUUGUUUAAUCCUUGACCCAUAUUUUCACAGAAUUUCAUAAAAUUGUCAAAAUGAUAGAGAAAUGUUUUAAAGUAUUUUUAAGCUUUUUAAGAUGUGUUUAAAAUCUGCACACUAAAGACUAAACUCAACUUGAGCCAAGUAUUAUGAAUGAAGACUACCAAGGUUAAGCUAAAUGUAUGCAACAAUAACAUUUGCCAACAUUAUCCUUCACAUUCUUAUUUCUUAAUUUUUAGCACUUAUGCUGAGAUCCCUCCAUUUCAGAGCCACCCAUAAUGCCUGUAUGGUACCUGAAGAGGCUUUAUUAUUAUUUUUAUAUUUUCCCUUAAAAUAUGUAAAAUCAGACCUGUUAACCUGUGGCUAAUACUCUCAGACUAAGCUUGAGUGAAAUUAUUUGUGUUAGCAUGGGGCUAAUCGAAUGAUUUCCUCAUUGGCAGUCUGCUCAUCCAUCCGGUCUUUAGCCUCAUAUCUGGGUCAACAGGGUUAGGAGAGCAGCCCAGAUGUCCUUUUCCCAAGCGUCCUCCUCCAGUUCUAUCUGGGGUACUUCCAGUCGGCCCUGUGCAAGUCCCAAACCACCUUAACUAGCUUUUGGAGAAGCAGUGGCUCGACACAGAGGUCCCCUCAUAUCUCUGAACUCCUUGCACUAUUGGGAAGAUAGAGGCCAGUCACCCCGGAGAGACCUAGGUUCCUUAUAUCUGCAUCCUCAUUCUUGUAGUUACUAACCAGUGUUUAGUGGUCAGAAGUAGCUAGUUUGUCUUGUGAGAACUUUGCUUUCUGGUUCUCCAUCAUGCUUUGAUAAAGCAGCUGUAUUACUUCUCUGCAUGUUCACCCACCCUCACUUGAACCUGCAAUAAUCAAUUUGUUAGCCAACAUAACACUGACAUAUUAUCACCUUUUAAGUUGAUAUAGCAAACAGUUGCUUAUUUACACAUCCAUCAGAUACGAAGCAACAUUAGCUUUCAUUUAGAGUCGUGUUUGUGAACAUGCUCCACUAUGUUCACCAGCUAGUUGCUAAUUUUGUCUGUCUGCUGAUUGGUGCUGGGCAGGUUUUAAGAGCUUUUUCACUGAAAACAGCUGCCUGCUGUGGCCAAACACAAUGCUAUGAGUGCGGUGAGAGUGAACCAAAACAGUAAAAUUGCUGCCAGAAAACCAAAACAAUGACCUGAAAGACGCUGAAAAGCUCCGUAGAGCUGAGGGAAACUGCAGUCUGGUGAUAUUCCUCUGUGAGUUCAUCAAUGUGAGUGAUGACUUUCACGUAUACUGUAGUAGUAGUAGUCAUGCCAUCCAUUGCUGAUAUCACAAUAUUCAUUAUUGUCACUUUAAGAAUAAUAAUGGUAUAGGAUUCCUAUAGGAUACUGUGAGGAACAUUAUUAUAACGCCAAAAAAAGCAUGACGACGGCUAAUUCCCAGUAUCCCUCAAUUAUCUGCAGGAGGCUAAAAAGCUGCUUCACUGUAUAGCAAUCAGAACAGAAUCUUUCCUAAAUUGGAGGUACAUUUCAUGAGCAGGCUUUUCAAUAGUUGGAACACACCUACCUUAUUUUGUACCAUUUGAAAAAUGGGGACCACCAUCGUGCCUGCUGAAUGAAAGGCUUUGUUGUCAAACUCAUGAUGACACUGAGGAGAUUACAAUCUUACUGCAGACGCAGACCCCCUACACAUUCUCGUUUAACAGGCUUGCCUGGCAGCCUCCUUACCACAUGAUCUAAUUCAUCGUCAGAUGGUAUCAAGCUGACAGCUCAGCCCAGCUUAACACAUGGCCACUGUGUCUGGUGAAAUCCAUACAAAGUUGUUCUUUGACCUUUGGCCCAAGGUGUUUGUGAUACAGUGUGCACUUAGUAUGCAUCUUGUAAUGUUUGAAUAUGGUGUUCAUAAUGGGGAAACCCAGUUUAGCACAGAAGUCCAAUAAUAUGAAUUUAUUAAAAGUCUGUGUGAAGCACUGAAAGAGUAAAACAUUAUUCAUCCACUGUGUAAAAUUGGAGUGAUGCAACAUAGAAGUCAAGCAUGGUUUAAGCCUAGCCUUGAGUAGACAAAUGCUAAUAGUAACACUCAUUUGCUGCUCACUGCUUUGGGAUAUUGGACUCACCUCUCUACCAGGUUAAAGUGACUCAGUUUGGGUUUGUCAGGGGAGAAAUAAACUAUCACAUGUAACAGCUGCUGUUUCUACUGUUAUAAGCCCUGAGGCCCAGCACAGUUUGUGUGUUUAAAAUUGGUUUUGAUAAGAUCUUUUAACCUUAAUUACUACCUUGGCAUUAUGAUGCUUCAGUUUAACUCCAAAGUUGUCAUUGUCUGUUUCAAAUGUUUAGUAAGUGUCACUUUUAGUAUUUAAAUUUCUAAUUACUCUUUUUUUUUUUUUUUAAAGUGGUUGUCAUGUUGCCCUUGUUGGCUAAAGUUAUUUCAUACCUAACUGGUAAUUUUAUGAUACACAUCUAUGUGGAAUAUGUAGUUCCCUUUGGAGCUGUUGUCAGCCUACAUUAUAGUCGGUCACAUAAUAUAUCCAGCAUUGAUGUUACAUCAUGUUGGAGUAUGGCCACUUAAUUCAUCCAUUCAUUCAUUUUUCAAAUUACAGAUAAGACAUCUAAGGGACUGUAUGAAAAUUAUUGGGAUGGGGAGGGGGGACUGAACCUUAUGUUUGACCCUCCCCAGGGUUAUUGAUAUUUGGUUUGGACCCUUUGACUAACCCUAACCCUUAUAGCUGUUUUCUAUUUUUGAACCAAGAGCUACUAAAACAGUUAUUACUACUGUCACUGAAUGAGGCAGAAGCUCUGUAAUAUUUUAGCUUUACCCAUUAGUAGCACCGGUUGGGUCAUGCUAAACAUGCAUUAUGUUAUAUCUAUAUGAUACAUUUAACUUUACCAUAAGUUAUCUUAUAAUGCAUAAUAAAGUGAAGGCAACUGUUGAGUGGUAAAAAAAAAUUCUCUCUUAAUGCCUACUAAUGAUUUUAAUCCGGGGGGGGGGGGGGUGCCACCCUCCUUGUUAGAAAAAACCAACCAAAAUCCGUCCUUCUUGUUAACCUGCUCAAAAGAUGCUGUGUGCUUUGUCUUGUAGUGGUGCUUCACAAUGCCGCUUUUAAUAAUCGCCACGAUCUCAGAACAUGAGAUAUACUGGUUUUUACCUGCCUGUGGGAAGAUUGAACAUGUAAGAGUCUUUCCAUUCUUUAUUAAAAGCUCUGUCUACUUUUCUCUUUUUAGAGCGCCAUGUGACUCAACUCAUCUCUACUCUCCGUGUGUGUGUUUGUAGGCUACCUCACUCGACCAGUGCCGUAAAGGCUAGCAAAACUGUGCUGGAUAAAAUGGAAACGCUCCGUCAAAAUUUUAUAAUUCUCAGCAGUUUAUCUAUAUUUUCUACAGCAGACGGGGGGGAAGAGAAAGGGCAGCAGCAGCAUGACAGAGGCCUGGUCAGAAAUUAAGAGCUUGGACCAAAAGUGCCCGUGAAUGAUCAUAAACUUUUUUUUUGCUGUUCUCACUUGUUAUUUUAAAAAGAAAAGAGAACGUUGUGCCGCAAAUUUAGUGUUUAUUUGACAAUAUACCAUAAUAAUUAUAAAUUAUUUCAGCGUUUAGUAAAUGCCUAAAAAUCAGUUGACGGGGCAAAAAAUACCUUCGUUCUACCUCCCAUUGGGCCAUACCCCUGGUUCAAAAUUAACAAAGUCCUGUUACUGAGACAAAAUUGUUGGCAGAAAGCACCUUUAUGAUUCAUGACACCCUAAAAAGGGAAAAAAAAAACCCAACAAAAAACAUAACCCUCCCCUCUUUUCAGAACCCAACUCCCCCUCUAAUAAUUUUCAUACAGUCCCUAAACCUGCUCUCUCCACUGUGUUGUUUCUGUGCUGCAUAAAGUUCCAUAAAGACUGCAUCUAGUUAGAGUAUAGGUAUAGACCGCAUAGUCAGUCUUUAUAAAGCACUCCUCUCUUUUCCUCUUUAAAAUUAGUUGUGGUGCUGCAACAUAUAUCAAUAUUUAAAUAAGACACACAACAGUUCUCUGCUUAACACUUACAAAGAGUGGACCUAGCAAACAUGCAAACAGCACUCUGGAGUGUGAUAUAAGUGGUGCAAUAUACCUACAAGAAUGUAAUUAAAUAUCAUUAACAGGAGUAUUUUGCAUUAGGAGACGUGGCUGUGGGAGAGUUUGCACAAUGUAUGAUAGGACAUACAGUAAAAAGAGAACUAAAUUAUUUUUCUAUUGCCAGAAUAGACCUCAUUGACCUAGCAUACAUACAUGACAUCAACCACAGUAACGACUGCUUUUAAAUGUGAAAACAUAACAUUGAAUAUGAAGGAUCUAAACGAACUGUGACAUACACACAACUUUACUGUUGAACUUAUUUCCCCCAGAAAGAGCUGGUUACUUGUGAGUUUAUGGUUAUGCAAAGACUUUGUAUCAAAUUUGGGGGUUUUGAAGCUUCAAGCUUUUUAAGAGACGACACUAAGUCAUUAGUCGGUCAUUGCCAAGUCACAAAAACAUGAGAGGAAAUGUUUUGUUAUCCAAAGAGCGGGAAACUCCAGAAGGCAAGCCCUAAAUGAAAAGACAGUGCAUUGUGUUAAAUGUUGUGUAGUUCUGAUGUACACACUAGAAACUGAAUGCCUAUCAGUGUUCUCUCUCUGUUUUCAGUUAAUAUUUGUGUGGCGUUAUUGUUUGGCUCAUGGAAUUUACUGCCGCAGUACACUCACCGGUAAAAAAAAACAAACACCUGACAUUGUUAAAGGGUUAAUCCACACUGAUUCUGGUCACGCCUGAAUCAGUGAUGUCAGAGCAGGUGUUGUGCUCCUUACAGGCGAUGGUGAACACCUGCUAUGAUGUCACUGAUUCAGCUGUGUCAACGUUUCAGCUCAGAUAGUGUGGCUGGGUAUCGUUUAAAAUGUUUGGUACCACUUUCCCACAAAGCACCCUGUAUACGUUUAUAAGUUAAAUGUAACUUUUAAACUAAUGCUCUAUAAGCCAUUAAUAAGAACAACGUUUGGGUUGCCAGGCUACGAAAACUCCCUUGGCUGGUUAGACCACUUCAGACAUCUGGGGAAAAAAACAGUUUAACGACUUAUUAGCACUUACAACUGAAGACUUGAUGGAUUAAAACUUUAUUAAUGCCUUAUUAACAUUUAUUAAUACAUUUUUUACCAAAUCCAAAGGGUAAAGGCCCUUUUGGCUGUUCAACAGUCCAGACUCAAAACUAAAGGUGACUGCGCUUUCUCUAUUAGGGCGCCUGUACUUUGGAAUGGCCUACCUGAGGAAAUUAGACUAACAAAAUCGGUUUCAUUUAAAUACCUUCUAAAAACACACUUAUAUAAACUGGCUUUCAUGUGAACUUGCAUGUAUAGUUUUUGAUCUGUUCUUAAUAGUAUCUAUGUUGGUGUAUUUUUAGCUGUAUCUGUUUACCUCAUAUAUUACCUUUAUUUUUAUUCUGUAUUGCUACUGUUUUGGGUUUUACUGUAUGUAAAGCACUUUGUUUUUAGAAUUGUGCUAUACAAAUAAAGUUAUUUAAAAACCUGCUAUUAUUAAAAACCCGGUGGAAUAUUGAACCUGGCACCUAUACUUUACCUUGUAAUAAGGUUUUAACUAUUAAAGACAUAUGUUUAACUAUGUUUUCAUUGUUGAUUAAUCUGAUGCUUAUUUUCUCUAUUAAUCUAUUAAAUGCCAGAAAAUAGUUUUUAAAAAAACACGUCCAUAGCAAUUCCUCAAAGCUCAAGGUAACAUCUUCAAAACCCUAAAAUAUUUCAUUUACAAUGAUAUAAAACAGAGAAAAGCUGCCUCAAAUUGUAGAAGCUGGAAUAAGCAAAUGUUUGGCAUUUUAACUUGAAAAAAUAGUGACCAAUUUUGUCGAUUGACUUUAGUUGAUUAAUCGUAUCAGCUUAUUUUUUAGUAAGAAACUUUAGUAAAUAAUUCAACCACUAAUAAAGUUAGUUACAACUCAUAACUCUUAAAGGAUGGCCUUAUUAGAAAGUGGUACCAUAUUUUUGAUACCUUUGCCAACAGUGACUUUCAGUACAAAUACUAAAUGGAGAAUUUGCUGCCCUACAUGCUUCACUGUAGAUUUACCCCUGAAAUGUAAAAUGUUCAAUUUGUAUUUUACUGCUAUGGAGGCACAGGGAUGGAGGAUUCAUUUUGCAUUCGUCUGACUCACUACUGCCACCUGCUGGACAGUUUUAGUGUACACUCCAGUUUUAAGCUCCAGGGUUUUGAAGCUCUUUGACCAGAAAUAAACUUGGAUCAAACAUUACAUUCAAUAAACAAUCCCAUACUGCACAAAUUAAUGCUAAAAGCAUCUUUCACAGACAUGUGCUUGCUGCCUUGCAUUUAUUUCUUGAGCCAAACCAUUCAUAAAUUAAAACAUAACCAUUUAAGGCAAACGUAUCAAUCGUUUGCUGCCCUUCAAUUUGAAAAUAAAACUGUAAUGAAA